GAGAAAUAGGGUUGAAGAAAGAGAGAGAUGGUGAAAAACAGAGCUUUUGGUGAGAUUAUGGAUGAUGGUGAUAAACCAGGAUUCUUCAAGAUCCUUCGAAGGGCUACUUUGUCGUCUGAAACCAUGAGAGGGAUUCCUCUAAACUUCAUCAGAAGCAUCUCGGAAAAGCAGUUAUCGGCUAAGAUGGUGUUGAAAGUGUCGUGGGGAAGCUCAUGGGCAAUCAGAAUUUCUAGAAACCCAAGAUUCUACUUUAUGGAGAAAAAGGGAUGGGAUCAGUUUUUGAGUGACAAUAGUUUGGGUAAUGACGAGUUUCUUACCUUUACUCACAAAGGAAAUAUGUGCUUUGCCGUAGACAUCUACCAGAUAGACGGUAAGGAGCUGCUCAGACAACGCAGAUCUGCAACUACUGUUGCUUCUAGUUCUGGUCGGAACAAGAGAGAACAAAGGAAGAACAUCUACAAACAUGUGAAGAGGGAAGAGGUUGAGUCUUGGUCUGAAUCAAGCUAUCCUGGUCACGAAUCAGCUGAAUCCAUAGGAAGAAGACAAAAGCUUAGCUCGAAAACUAGGGAAGCCGAGGAAACUGAGAAAUCAAAGAAGAAGAAGAUGAAGGUGGACAAUAUUUGUGACGACUCUGAAGACGACACUAUGUCUCUUGUUCCAGAAUUUUCCAUCACCAUAAAGAAAUCAUACCUCAUAUUCUUGGGGAUUCCUAAGUUGUUUGAAGAGCUGCAUAUGCCAAAGGUGACAACAAUGUUCAAGAUUCAUGAUCCGGAAGGGGAAAAUUCAUGGAAUGUUAUGUUUAAGAUCACUGGUGUACAGUCAAGAUUCUCUGCUGGAUGGAUUCGUUUGGCCAAAGAUUUAAGUUUAGUGGUUGGAGACGUUUGCACGUUCACGCUCAUCAAACCGACCGAGAUGCUUGUUAAAGUCUCCAGAUUCAAGACUCCAUGAUAUUAUGAUUGUGAAGAGCUGAUCUCAGUUUGAUCAAUCUCUGAAACUUUAGUUCAGGUGUUAGGAAGCGAUCUUGAUUAGUUAUUAUGGUGUGUUAUUACAUUGUUUCUUUGAGACUUUUGUGUUAGGACAUAGGAGUACUUUAAUUAAUACAAUGAAUCUUCUUUCCGGUUCGGAAUUAAUUCGGGUU